AUGUUGCUGAAGAAGUAUCUCAAGAGCGUCUGGCAAGCUACUAUCAGACAUGAGCAAGGCAUCCUAUCAAACACAGAGUUGGACCAAAGGAAGCUUGAGCAAACACAAUACUUGCAUGAGUUUGAUCGUGCUAUUCAAAAGCCACUGUGGAACUAUCCAACCGAAACUGUCUAUUAUCGGGAAGCUUCCUCUGUAAAUCCGCUAUUAUCAGUGCGCAUACCACUUCUGGCAUAUAAUUCCGAGGAUGAUCCCUUGAGCCCCCAAAUUGGCCUUCCCAUCGAAGAAGAGGCCAAAGAGAAUCCUUACGUGGUUCUUGUCGUUACUUCAUUUGGGGGCCAUCUGGGGUGGUUCCAACCUGGCGGUGGCAGAUGGUGCGUCCAGGCGGUGUAUAACACGUUACAGCAAUUUUGGGAUUGUACCGGCCAUGGUGGGCCUUGCAAGAGAUUCAAGGUGCUCAACAGGAGCCAGAUAUCACAUGCACAAGGAAGAUUCUGUUAUGAAUGUAGGAAAUAUUGUACCCAGAUCUACUGA